ACAAAAUAUUUGCCUCUGGGCAGAUCAUAACAUGUCGGCAUGUACCAAACCAGCUAUAGUGCUUAGGUAACCUUAAACAAAAAUUUGGUAUAUCAUAAACGUGUGCCUUGACAGUUUAAAGGGCAUAGGUCUCACGGAAGAAGAUACAACCCCUGUGGAAACAACAGUUUUCCGAGAAUUUCUCUCGAGCGUCAAACAUGGAAGUAAAUGAUUGUAAGGAACAAUCUUUCUUAAAAAUCCUAUCCGAUGGGAAAAGUUAUUAUCUCAUUACGCAGUGUCCGAAACAAGGAGAUGCAUGCCUCAGUUUAACAGCUCUUGAUGAAUUGCAAGUUUGGUCAGGUCAAGUGAAUCAUGAAAGUUUAAAAGACCAAGCAGUUUCUGCAGAGAAAAGUCUUUCUGACUUCCUUUCUGAGACUAAAUCUGCAUUUGCAUUGAACAGCACCAAACGUAUUGAAGAAUUCUCUCUUGGCAUUGAGAUUGAAGACAACACUGCUGUGAUCUCAUGGAAGAAAGUGCUAGAUCAAGAUUUGAAGUUCAAGCUUGGUACAGCAAAGUUACAAAGAGACAAUGGUAUCAAUGCAAGUGAAUUUCUUGAUGUAGCUGUUGGCCAGUUUAUGAAAAUGAAGGAUGAAAUUAUUGACUUGUCUUCUACAAAAGAAAAACUGCUAAGAGAAAGAGAGAAAACUUUGAAGAGGCUGGAAGGAUUUGUUCAUGCAAAAAACGAAAUUGAGAAAAGUUUGUAUGAAAAAUUUGCUUUAGUUUUAAAUGCAAAGAAAGCAAAAAUUAGAGAGCUGAAGGAAAAAUGUGAAGAAUUGGAAAACAGUCAUAAAAAUUCACAAGUAGGUCGAGGAAAUACAACAACAAGUAAAAGAUCUGCAAGUGACAACUUUGAUGAAACAACAGACGAAGAGCAAGAAAAGGAUGAGGUGACAAAAACAUUGAAAGAGGAUAAAUUGCCUGCCUUGUUUGACGAUAUUGAUAUUGAAGAGGCUGCACCACCACCAGCAAAAAGGAAAACCAGAGGCCGACAUCAAAGAGACAAUAAACCUGCAAGAGUGCCGAGGAAGAUUUCUCUACCCAGGGCAGUGACAAAGGAAUCACUGAAUCUUGAACGAAGAUCCUCAAGACAAUCUUCAAACCUAGAGAGCUCAUCUGAUGAUUUUGACAAGCUUGUUAAUAUGAUGUAAGCCAGAAUCAUACGCAGAAACAAAGGGACUGGAAAACAAUGUUCUGACAAAAUAGCUCUUUCUGUGUGGAAUAAAAAUUCUAAGAAGAAAGCAUAUUACAGCUAUUGAUGAAUUUAGGACUAGUGUGUUUAAAAUUUUAAAUACUAAAAGGUAUUUAUAUUUCUCCAUGCCUUCUUGUAUCUUUUAUCAA